GUGUUUUUAAUAGGCUUAGAGAAAUAUGAGUAGAGUCCAUGAAAGCAGCUCAGCUUCACACUUCAGCUGGGAAUGCCCAAAAAGCUUACUGCUGUUUAGAAUUCUUGCUACAGUCAGGAGAAAGCCUAAAGCUGCACGGGUGCUGAAUCUUCUCCGACUGAAUUAGAAGAAUAAUGACUGUACAAUUAACUAUCAACCUCUGCUCAUUUAAGCACAGUUUUUACAGAGCUCAGGAGAAAUAUGGAACUUGAUUGGCAUGUUUUUAUUUGAUGGUGUCUGCAAAUAGAUGACUUUAAAGACAGGUGGUAAGGAAAAAUAGAAGGGAGGAAAAAAAAAAAAGAAAGAAAAUGCAAUUUGAGACAUUGCGCCAGGUCUGCAAUUCUGUUUUAUCUCAUUUUCAUGGGGUUUUUUCAUCCCCACCAAAUAUUUUACAAAAUGAGCUUUUUGGACAAACGCUGAACAAUGCAAGGAAAAGAAGUCCAUCAUUAUCCAGAGAUCAGAAUAGAAGAUACGACCAAAGGGAGGAAAGAGAGGAAUACUCACAGUAUGCUACGUCGGAUGGCGCAAUGCCUAGGUCUCCAUCAGAUUAUGCUGAUAGGCGGUCUCAACGUGAACCUCAGUUUUAUGAAGAGCCUGAUCAUAUAAAUUAUAGGGACUCCAAUAGGAGAAGUCAUAGGCAUUCCAAAGAAUAUAUUGUAGAUGAUGAGGAUGUGGAGAGUAGAGAUGAAUAUGAAAGACAAAGGAGAGAGGAGGAAUACCAGGCACGCUAUCGAAGUGACCCGAAUUUGGCCCGUUAUCCAGUAAAGCCACAGCCAUAUGAAGAACAAAUGCGUAUUCAUGCUGAAGUGUCCAGAGCACGACAUGAGAGAAGGCACAGUGAUGUUUCUUUGGCAAAUGCUGAACUGGAAGAUUCCAGGAUGUCUAUGCUAAGGAUGGAACGACCGUCAAGGCAAAGAUCUAUAUCUGAACGUAGAGCUGCCAUGGAAAGUCAGCGAUCUUAUUCAAUGGAAAGAACUCGAGAGGCUCAGGGACCAAGUUCUUAUCCACAAAGGACCACAAACCAUAGUCCUCCUACCCCCCGGAGGAGUCCAAUCCCCCUUGAUAGACAAGACAUGAGACGCACUGACUCACUAAGGAAACAACACCACUUAGAUCCCAGCUCUGCUGUGAGGAAAACAAAACGGGAAAAAAUGGAAACCAUGUUAAGGAAUGAUUCGCUCAGCUCUGACCAGUCAGAGUCUGUGAGACCUCCACCACCAAAGCCUCAUAAAUCAAAGAAAGGAGGUAAAAUGCGCCAGGUGUCAUUGAGCAGUUCAGAGGAGGAAUUAGCUUCCACACCUGAAUACACAAGUUGUGAUGAUGUUGAGAUUGAAAGUGAGAGUGUCAGUGAAAAAGGGGACAGUCAAAAGGGAAAAAGAAAAACUAGUGAGCAGGCAGUUUUGUCGGACUCUAACACCAGGUCUGAGAGACAAAAGAAAAUGAUGUACUUUGGUGGCCACUCUUUGGAAGAGGAUUUGGAAUGGUCUGAGCCUCAGAUUAAGGACUCUGGGGUAGAUACCUGUAGUAGCACAACCCUUAACGAGGAGCAUAGCCAUAGUGAUAAGCACCCUGUGACAUGGCAACCAUCUAAAGAUGGAGAUCGUUUAAUUGGUCGCAUUUUAUUAAAUAAACGUCUAAAAGAUGGAAGUGUACCUCGAGAUUCAGGAGCAAUGCUUGGCUUGAAGGUUGUAGGAGGAAAGAUGAUUGAAUCAGGUCGGCUCUGUGCAUUUAUUACCAAAGUAAAAAAAGGAAGUUUAGCUGAUACUGUAGGACAUCUUAGACCAGGUGAUGAAGUGUUGGAAUGGAAUGGAAGGCUAUUGCAAGGAGCCACAUUUGAAGAAGUAUAUAACAUCAUUCUGGAAUCUAAACCUGAACCACAAGUGGAGCUUGUUGUUUCAAGACCUAUUGGAGAUAUACCUAGAAUACCUGAUAGCACACAUGCACAACUGGAGUCCAGUUCUAGCUCAUUCGAAUCUCAGAAAAUGGAUCGUCCUUCUAUUUCCGUUACCUCUCCCAUGAGUCCUGGCAUGUUGAGGGAUGUCCCACAGUUCUUAUCUGGACAACUUUCAAGCCAAAGCCUUAGUAGAAGAACAACGCCUUUUGUUCCUAGGGUUCAGGUAAAGGCCUUGUCUGCCUGAUAGAAACUAAAGUUGUGUUUUAACCCUUAUUUGUAUGUUUUUGGAAAAUGCGUAGUAGGAAAACUUUUU